CUUCCCAUGCAUUACGCAUUUAAUUAACGCUGCCAAAAAAUGCAUGUGGGUAUAUAUAUAGUUGUAUAUAUAGACAUGCCUUUACCUUCAACUUCUCCAUUGUUCCUCUCCAAGUACUUUUCUCUUUAAGAAAGAAAGGAAAAAGAAAAAGUACUUACCUUCUCAUAUAAAGUUCCUUUUGUUAUUACUUUUGGUUCGUACGUAAAACAAAAGGUACAUCCACAAAAAAGAGAGAAAAAAAAUGGAGUUUAUGAAAUUGGCUUCAAAAGAAACGAGCUACUGGAUGAUCGCACUACCUGCCGUUUUUGGAUCCCAAAACCUACAUGAUGUCUCCGUCCUCGGCUAUAUCUUCCUCGCCCUUGUUUCUCUUUCCAUACUCACUUGGGUUCCCGCCGGAGGCGGUGGCGGGGCAUGGAAGGACGGCCGUAACCGGUUGGGUCGUGUCGCGAUCCCAGGUCCUCGGGGAAUACCAGUAUUCGGCAGUCUUUUCACUCUCAGCCACGGCUUGGCUCAUCGGACGUUAGCCGCCAUGGCUUGGAGCCGAGCCAACACUGAGAUUAUGGCUUUCAGCCUCGGUUCGACGCCGGUUAUCGUCGCUUCUGAGCCGAACACGGCUCGCGAGAUCCUGAUGUCGCCUUACUUCGCGGACCGGCCGAUUAAGCAGUCCGCUAAGAGUCUCAUGUUCAGCCGAGCCAUAGGGUUUGCACCAAACGGGGCUUACUGGCGCACAUUAAGAAGGAUCGCAUCGACUCACCUAUUCGCUCCUCGGCGUAUUCUAGCACACGAAGCUGGGCGCCAGCUAGACUGCGCUGAAAUGGUGAAAGCUGUGUCAGCGGAGCAAAACGGCGCGGGAUCAGUCGUUUUAAGGAAACACUUGCAACUAGCCUCCUUGAACAACAUCAUGGGGAGUGUUUUUGGGAGAAGAUACGACCCUCUGGCUCAGAAAGAGGAUCUUGAUGAGCUUACAUCAAUGGUUAGAGAAGGGUUCGAGCUCUUGGGUGCAUUUAAUUGGUCCGAUCAUCUUCCAUGGCUCGGUUAUUUCUACGACUCUAUUCGUUUAAACCAACGUUGCUCAGAUCUUGUUCCUCGAAUUAGAACCCUCGUCAAAAGUAUCAUUGACGAACACCGAGUCAGUACCUUGGAGAAGAAAAGAGACAUAGGAGAUUUUGUUGAUCUCUUGUUGUCUUUAGACGGUGAUGAGAAGCUUCAAGAAGAUGACAUGAUCGCCGUUUUAUGGGAGAUGAUCUUUCGAGGGACAGAUACAACAGCGUUAUUAACAGAGUGGACCAUGGCUGAGCUUGUACUAAACCCUAACAUACAAACCAAGUUGAGGGACGAGAUCGUUACGGCUGUGAGGGAUAGCGCCGACGCUGACGUGGCAGAUGCUGUCCUAGCAAAACUCCCAUACCUGAACGCAGUAGUGAAGGAAACUCUAAGGCUGCAUCCUCCUGGACCUCUGCUUUCGUGGGCUCGUCUUUCAACGUCAGACGUUCAGCUCAGCAACGGCAUGGUGAUUCCAAAGGGAACUACUGCAAUGGUCAACAUGUGGGCCAUUACUCACGACCAGACGGUAUGGUCCGAUCCGCUGAAGUUCGAUCCGGAGAGGUUCACCGGGAUUGCUGACGUGGAUAUUCGGGGUGGGGACUUAAGGCUUGCGCCGUUCGGAGCCGGUAGGAGGGUGUGUCCGGGGAAGAACAUGGGGCUAGCUACUGUGACUCGGUGGGUGGCUGAGUUGGUGCGCCGGUUCGAGUGGGGUCAGGACCAGACCGAGCCAGUUGAUCUUGGUGAGGUCUUGAAGCUUUCUUGUGAGAUGGAGCAUCCGUUACGUGCCGUCGUAACGGAAAUAUUAUAAAUUAUAAACAAACAAACAAAAAAAGUUCUUUAGGGUUUUGACUUUUGUCAAUGUUUUUCCUUUUCCGUUUUUGUUAUUGUUUUCUUUUUUGUCGAGAGGUAUGGAUUGCAGAUUGCUUGCCGUUUUUUGUAUUCCAUCGAGAGUUAAAAAAAACAAAAAAUUAUUAGUAGUUAUUUAAUAUCAAUGUACCAUUAUCUUUAGUGGGUCGAAA